CCCCCUCAGUAUUUAUAUACCGCUGUCUAAGCCCCAUCCCGCAGUGUGCUGCCUGACCGUGAAUCGAACAGCGUAGCUACAGUCUCCAGACGCUACACGGAACAAAAAUGAAGGUCCAGGUCCGAGUUGAAUACUGUGGCGGAUGAGGGUACGGACCCCGCUAUCAGGAGCUCCGGAAAGUAGUCCUACGAGAGUUCCCUGAAGCGGAUGUGUCUGGGUUUGUGGGCCGGUCCAGUAGUUUCGAGAUAGAGAUCAACGGCCAGCUGGUCUUCUCCAAACUCGAGCUGAAAGGCUUCCCCAUCGAGGAUGAAGUCAUGGAUGCGAUCCAGAAAGCCCAGGACGGCAAACCGGUGGCGAAGCUCACCAAGAGCCGAGCCCCGUGUGUCAUCAUGUAAACCGGGCAGCCUCUGAACAUCCUUUCCUCAUACGGCCUCGCUGUGAUCCACUCCCCGGUGGCCAAUCCGAUCUCCCUCCAGGUGAAACUCGAUCUCAAACCUGUCUGACGGGAGGACCCAACACACGCGCGCUCUGGCAUGCUGCCCAUGCACUGAGAUCAGAGCCACGGUUUAAUUCAAGGUGCGAUCGCUAUAGGGGGGCCCCACAGUGUGUCUCUCACCCCUCUGUUUCUUCUAACGUGUUGCGCAGGACAUCCAUGACUACCAUAUCCCAACCGGUUGAAGGGUAUGGUAUGAUGUUUGCAGUCCUAGUUGCUUCCCGUGGGGAUGCGGGGCGGGGGAGAGGGCACUGUCAUGGGGGAUGGAGGGAGUCUGUUUUUGCUUUCAUACAAGCCUCAUUGCCUGGCGAUACCAACUGCCUGUCAUUUUUUUUUAUUAUUAGCGUUUACAUUAAUUAAUGUAAGGUAGACCCGAGUCUCUUAUUUUUGUGUGUAUUGGGGAACGCAGAGGGAAUGGGUCAAUGCAGAGUAAUUGGUGGCCAAAGCAUGCAACACAUAUUUGUUUAAGUUUUGUUCGGUUUUCCAAAAUAACUGGUUCAUUAUGAAAAGAUGCAACCGUGUUUACAUGUCUGCGCUUGCUUCUCAGUAUCCAUUGGGUAGGAAUUCACUGCUUAGUUUUUCAACUUGAAACUGUAAAACAGUUAUGUAAUAAGAAACUGCACUUUAUCAUCUGUUAUUUAAACCACCCUCUGUUUUUUUUCUCUACACAGACCAAUUCAAUGUAAAGCUCAACUUUUUAACAUCUGUCUGUAAAAUAAAAUGAAUAAUUUGGAAGUCA